CUAGGGCGGGCCAGCAUCAGGGCUAGGGCUGGAAGGAAACGUGCUGGGGUUCCUAGUCCGCUGCUUUUUGGCGCCGAGUCCUCAGCAUGGCUGCCUCCAGGGUUGAGGGUCCGGGAGCCGCCACACCUUCGUUUUGUUGACCGCCCCUGGCGUCUGUGCUCUUCUUGUCUUUCCUGAGCUACUCCAGCAGACAUGUUCGCUAAGGCCUUUCGGGUCAAGUCCAACACAGCCAUCAAGGGCUCGGACAGGAGAAAGCUCCGGGCCGAUGUGACAGCUGCUUUCCCUGCCCUGGGAACAGAUCAGAUCUCUGAAUUGAUACCUGGAAAGGAAGAGCUAAAUGUUGUGAAGUUGUAUGUUCACAAAGGGGAUUCGGUGACUGUGUACACCAGUGGUGGUAACCCCAUCCUAUUUGAACUGGAGAAAAAUUUGUAUCCAACAGUGUACACAUUGUGGUCCUAUCCAGAUAUUCUACCAACUUUUAUAACAUGGCCUCUGGUGUUGGAAAAACUGAUCGGGGGAGCAGAUUUGAUGCUGCCAGGGGUAGUGGUGCCCCCUACUGGUCUUCCUCAAGUACAGCAAGGCGACCUCUGUGCCAUUGCCUUGGUGGGGAACAGAGCGCCCGUUGCAAUUGGAGUGGCCGCCAUGUCCACAGCUCAGAUGCUGGCUUCAGGCCUGAAGGGAAAAGGUGUCUCUGUGCUCCACACUUAUCAGGACCACUUGUGGAGAUCUGGAGACAAGUCCUCUCCACCUGCCAUUGCCCCACUGGACCCCACAGAUAGCUGUGGAGAAAAGGUGCACCUUGGUCUGCAGGGAACCCUGAGGAGCCUGACCCUGGAUGGAGAGGAGGAGAACGGUCAGGUUCCUCUCCCAGAAGCCUCUGAGGACACCAGCUCCAGGGCCCCGAGCCAGGAUUCCUUGGACGGCAAGCCCCUUCAGGAACAAAUGGAUGAUCUGUUACUGCAGUGCUUCCUGCAUGCCCUGAAGAGUCGAGUCAAGAAAGCUGACCUCCCGCUGCUCACCAGCACAUUCCUUGGCAGUCACAUGUUCUCCUGCUGUCCUGAAGGACAGCAACUGGAUAUAAAGAAGUCAAGCUAUAAAAAGCUCUCUAAGUUCCUGCAGCACAUGCAGCAGGAGCAGAUUGUCCAGGUCAAGGAGCUGAGCAAAGGGGUGGAGAGCAUUGUGGCUGUGGACUGGAGGCACCCGAGGAUCACGUCUUUCGUCAUCCCCGAGCCUUCCCUGACUUCCCAGACUGUCCAGGAAGUUAGCAGGGAACAGCCCUAUCUCCCUCCAGAUAUAAAAUCCCUCUACUGUGUCCCAGCCAACAUGACCCAGCUCUUCCUGGAGUCUGGCCACAAGAAGGGGAGCACCCUUGAGGGCAGUGAGGUCCGAAGGAUCAUCACGGACUAUGCCAAGAGAAACAGACUGGUAGAUGCAGACAACAGAAAUCUGGUGAAGUUGGAUCCUAUCUUAUGUGACUGCAUCUUAGAGAAAAAUGAGCAGCACUUGGUCACGAAGCUCCCAUGGGACUGUCUCCUGACCAGGUGUUUGAAAAAUCUGCAGCCUGCCUACCAAGUAACAUUUCCUGGCCAGGAACCCAUUCUAAAGAAAGGGAAACUCUGUCCAAUUGAUAUCACCCUUGCACUGAAGACCUAUAAUAAAAAGGUGACUGUGGUCCGGAACUUGGAGACUUAUGGUCUAGAUCCGUGCUCAGUGGCCGCCAUUCUCCAGCAGCGAUGUCAGGCAAGCACCAUCGUUUCUCCUGCCCCUGGGGCCAAAGACAGUCUGCAGGUGCAGGUCCAGGGAAACCAGAUCCACCACCUUGGCCAGCUACUGCUUGAAAUCAUGUGGUGAGCCCGGCAGUGCCUGGAACUCAGCGGUGCUGUGACAGGGGUCCCUUUGCUUGUAACUAUGCUGCAGGACUGUUGCCUGUAUUGCAGAUGGGAAAGCUGAGGUCCAGCGAAACUCAGUACCUUGCCUGGAACUCACCUAAAUCUUGAGUACUGUAGCUGGGCUCCGAAUCUUUUUAUUCUUUAGAGCCAAAAUUCUUUAGAUUCCCUCUGGGUCUUUAGCCUCUUCUUUGUCCUUCAUUUAAGUCCUCCAAAGUUCUGCCUUAGUCAGCUUUCUAAAGUAAAUAUAAUCUUGUCACUCUCCCUGUAGAGCCUUUGUGUCUUAUUUGUGCCUUCAGGAACAAGCCCCUCCUAGCCUGCCUUGUUUUUCCUGCAGGCUCUCUCCCUCCUCCUUACACAUCCUAACGCUGCUCCAGCUAGUUUCCUACUGUUCACAAAUACCCCGGGCACUUGCCAUCUCCCUGCUUUUGCCUGCUGUCCCCUUGCCUUGUGUGCCUCAUAGCCCUGGUCUUG